UGACUGCAAGACGUCCCAGAGGAUCCAGUCGAUGCACCAAAAUACCUUCCGAGGGGACGUAAAAACACUAUCGCAACAGUUACGAACGAAGGAAAGCGAUAAGGAUAACUGGGUGCCAAGAAGACCACUACUCCUCUUUUCAAAGAGGACUAGGAGUACGACGUCUUUGGAACCACUGCUGUUGCAUGCAGUCGUCUGCAGAGGUUACUGUAUGAAGCUUUUAAGGCCUUUUUGAUUGAUCGGCCACUCGAUGGGGAUUCACAGAGGAGCUCUCACCUGUGUCGCCUCCUGCCCUCCACCCUGCCGCCUGCCCUCCCUCUUCUGCACCUCCUCCACACACAUCAUGAAACUGGUAUUAACUGAAUGGCAAUUGAUAUGGAUUUUUACUGAUUCUAGUAGACAGUAAACCAACUAACACAAAAAGGGAGGAAAAGCCAUCUAAUUUUCACACGUCCUUCUUCACACUAAAUGAACCUGCCUGUGGGGUUCUGAGCUGCCUGAGUUGAAAGCCCACCCUGAAAAACAACCCAAUGCCUCUUUAAGGAACACACAAGGAAUGUAUUGUACGCUUUAAGAGAUUAUUCUUUCUUCCUGAUAACGACGUUCGAGGACAUCGACAGCAGAGGGAGCUACUUUGAGGACGAGCUCACACCUGUCACCGCUGGUGUAUGAAAACAGAUCUAUUUUUUUUAUUUAGUUUUGAAUCAAUUUUUUUUUCUGGAGCCUGAAGGGUUGUGCGUUUGGCUGUGUGCAUGCCGAAGAAGAAGAAAAUGGCUCCCCAGAACUCUGAGGCCGAUGCUAUGCAAGUGCAGGGGGUGAUGGUGGUCCCUGCUGCUAAGAAAACCACCACAGGUUCUGCCUCCACAGGGGACGGAGGAGCAGGAGGAGGAGGAGGUUUGGUGCUGGAGUCAUGCCAGGAGGAGUCGGUGAGCGAGGGGUCUAUAGACCGGAUCCCGCUGCGCCAGUGGGUGAUGCACGGAGCCGUCAUGUUUGGACGAGAGUUCUGCUACGCCAUGGAAACAGCCCUGGUUACGCCUGUACUGCUGCAAAUAGGUCUUCCAGAACAGUAUUACAGCCUGACCUGGUUCCUGAGCCCCAUCCUGGGCCUGAUCUUCACACCUUUGAUUGGCUCAGCCAGCGAUCGCUGCACCCUGAAAUGGGGCCGGCGACGUCCUUUCAUCCUGGCCCUGUGUGUGGGCGUGCUGUUCGGAGUGGCACUCUUCCUCAACGGGUCACUCAUAGGUCUUGCCGUCGGCGACGUGCCAAAUAACCAGCCCAUAGGGAUCGUUCUGACCGUGCUCGGAGUGGUGGUGCUGGACUUCAGUGCAGACGCCACGGAGGGUCCCAUAAGGGCCUACCUACUAGACGUGGCGGACACCGAAGAACAAGACAUGGCCCUCAACAUCCACGCCUUCUCCUCUGGUUGUGGGGGAGCGGUGGGCUACGCGCUGGGCGGUCUGGACUGGACCCACACCUUCCUGGGCUCAAUCUUCAAGUCCCAGGAGCAGAUCCUCUUCUUCUUCGCGGCCAUCUUGUUCACCAUCUCGGUGGCUCUGCAUCUGUUCAGCAUCGAGGAGCAGCGGUACAGCCCCCAGCAGGACCGGCUGGACGAGGAGGCUGACGCCGCCUCCUCCACUGCCAACAAGGUCAACGACACCCUGGGGAAGCUCCACGGCCACAACACCCCCCACAUGGAGCUCAUUGGAGAGGACGACAUCUACGACCCUUGUGACCGUUAUGAGUUCUACGGAGAGGGGGACGGGGGCGAGGACGGGCGCUCGUUGCGCGACAUUAACAUGGACUUCCUGGAUGUGGAGAUGGUGAGGUCCAAGUCUGACUCUGUGCUGCAAAUGGCCGAUGCAACACUAGAUCACCUGGACCACGAGGCUCUGUUCCUGCGCCACAUCGAGCCCUCUAUCUUCGCCGACCACCUAUCAUCCUACCACGGCUCUCCACCACGCCGCAGCAGCAGCACAGGCAGCCAGGACCUCCUCAAAACCUCCAAAAAGAUCUGCCGGCUGUCACAGUUUCUGCAGGAGCAGGACCCAGACGGGGAGGAGGAGCUGCUCAACAACCAGGUCAACGAGCAGAAGACGCCCAACGGCCGGGCGCACGCCAACGGCUUGGGCCAGGGCGCUAACGGGCACGCCCGCUCGGUCAUGAAGAACUCGGCCAGCACCAACGGCUCCACGCGGCACCGCCGCCACAUCUUCUACCGCCAGCCGUCCUGCACCUUCUCCUACUACGGCCGCGUGGGUUCCCAUCGCUACCGCUACCGGCGAGCCAACGCCGCGCUGCUCAUCAAGUCCUCGCGCAGCUUGAACGACAUCUACGAGGUGCAGCGGAGACAGAAGAGGAGACAGCAGAACCCCAGAGCACGCCACCAGUCGGGCAACACCAACUCCAGCGGAGACACAGAGAGUGAGGAGGGGGAGACGGAGACCACAGUCAGGCUGCUGUGGCUGUCCAUGCUGAAGAUGCCUCCAGAGCUGAUGAGGCUGUGUGUCUGUCAUCUCCUCACCUGGUUUUCCAUCAUAGCUGAGGCCGUCUUCUACACUGACUUCAUGGGCCAGGUCAUCUACCACGGAGACCCCAAGGCUCCUGCUAACUCCACGGAUCUGCAGAACUACCACAAAGGAGUUCAGAUGGGCUGCUGGGGGCUGGUCAUCUACGCCCUGACAGCUGCCUCCUGCUCAGCCAUACUGCAGAAGUACCUGGACAACUUUGACCUGAGCAUCAAGGUCAUCUACGUCUUGGGUACGCUGGGCUUCUCCAUCGGUACAGCUGUCAUGGCCAUCUUCCCCAACGUCUACGUCUCCAUGGUGAUGAUCAGCAGCAUGGGCAUCAUCUCCAUGAGCAUCUCCUACUGCCCUUAUGCCCUCCUGGGACAAUACCAUGAGAUGAAAGAGUACAUCCACCACAGCCCGGGGAAUUCCAAGCGGGGCUUCGGCAUCGACUGUGCCAUCCUGUCGUGCCAGGUGUACAUCUCCCAGAUCCUGGUGGCGUCGGCGCUGGGUGCGGCAGUGGACGCUACGGGUAGUGUGCGGGUCAUCCCCAUGGUGGCGUCCGGCGGCUCCUUCCUGGGUUUCCUCACCGCCUGGUUCCUGGUUAUCUACCCAAGUCACGGCGACGCGGAGGCCAAGGGCGAGCAGAAGGCUCUAACAGGGCCCAUCUCCGAUAACAGCGUCACGGAGAAACCCAGUGUUCUAAAACUGACAAAGAAAGGUGCCGCCACCACUAUGUGUAAAGUGCAGUGCGAGUCCACUCUGUAAUUUGAUGUGAUCGCCAAUUAACCGGAAAGGUUGGAGCUUACUGUAACCAUAGCAAUGCAACGACAUCAUCAAAAAAUAAAAACCGACAUUCCUUUUUUACAACCGGGCCGUUGCCACCCAAUAAUCUGCUGAUGGCAUGGGCUUGACCGACCUCUCUCAAAGACACACAUGGGCCAUGAUGUGUUAAGGUUUUGACUUGUGUUUCAUUUCAUUUGGGGCCUGUCUCUCGCUCGUCACGGUCUAAGGACUGUGGUGUGGCGAGGAGAGGACAGCCAUCUCUCCCUCUCAGGGCCACCAGGGGCGGCGAUCGAGGCGGUCCAACUGGACAGGACAGAUCAGGGGACAGUGGAUACACAUGCGACCGACCGACGUUCACGCGCUGAACUGGGAUCUCUGGAAAAAGACAUGCACUUCACUCUCACUUCCAUUCAAGGGUCAAGAUAAAGGAAAAGACGAAGAGUCUCUAAGAAAUAUUAUAUUCUUCUAAUAAGUGAAGCAUUUGAAAAUGCAGAAAAUUGCUCUUUUGAUUGAACAUGUUUAUUUAGUUUACUUUCCUCUAUAUAUUUUUGACAUUAUGUUGCAGAAGGAUAUUGUUAUCACCAAAUGGUCCAGGCCCGGUAUCAUUUACAGGGUUGAUGUUUUACUUUUUGGACUUAAAAGGUUUUUCGUAGCUUUAAGAGGAAACUGCACAUGUAUAAAGAGGUAAUUUCUCAGUUAGGAGAGGAGGGGGAGGAAGGCAGUGUUUGGUAAAUCAAUCAGUUCUCCUAAUUAUUGAAUUUCUAACUGUUAUGACAUACUAAAUUGUAAUAAGACCAGUUACACCACGUGUCAAACUCAUUCCACACAGAGCCGAGUGUCUGCUGGUUUUCACUCUUUCCUCGUACUUGAUUGAUACAUUUAGGUCACUAAUUAGUAAAGAACUCCCCCUCACCUGGUUGUCUAGGUCUAAAAUGAAAAGAAAAACUGAAAACACCAGACACUCGACCCUCCGUGGAAUGAGUUUGACACAACUGAGUUACACUAUAUCUACUGUACACAAGCAUUUCCCAAACUCGCUCCUGGGGACCACAAGGGGUGCACGUUUUGGUUUUUGCCCUGGCACUACACAGCUGAUUCAAAUAAUGAA